AUGUCUAAACGUUUUUUUCCCCAGAAUUAUGGUGAAAGAAAAAAGGCUAAACUAGAUGUAACUGUGUCUGACCAUAAUUUUCCUCUCAGUCAAAAUUCGACUUCAAAUAAGGCGACAAUCCAGUCCGACGCCUGGGGUGACGAUAAUGAUGAUGAUCUCCUUCUCUUGGCAAGCCAAGCAUGUGAGGACGCCUACAAUGAGCAGAAUAAUAGUACCUUACCUGAUUAUACUUUGUGUAUGCAGCCUGGUUCAUCUAGCACACAAUUUGAGUACUCUGAACCAAGUACUUCUAAGGCUCUAUUCGCCUUUAAAAAGCCAACAUCAAGCCCGUACAGUACAAUAUCAACAAAUUUAAGGAAUAAAUGUGAGCGAAUAUCCUCCCCAUUGCCAGGACUGACAACUAAAGUUAACAAAGAGCAUGUUAAUGUUAGUGAUGACUUUAUUAUAAAUGAUAAUAUAUUUAAAGGCCAGGACUCAGGCCAAUUUUAUAAACAACUUUUGCAACUGCAAGAAGAAAAUGCUAAGUUAAAAUCUGAGAAUGGAAAGUUAUUAGAAAAAUGUGUAACUAAAGAAGGUGAGGCAUCAAUACUUCGAACACAGCUAAAAACAUGUCAAAUAUCUGUGGAUAAUGCUCGUCUGGAGAAGAUUAAGACUCAAGAAAAAGCUCAAAUGGAAUGGACGGAUAAGCUAGGAAAUGCCAACAAGCAGAUAAAUGAUUUAAGGACACAGCUUGAUUUUAAGAAUUUGGAAAUAAUUAGCAUAAAAGAGAAGUGUAAGAUGUUAGAAUCGUCUAAGAUUAAGCUGACACAAGUUACCGUUGGACCAAAUGAUACAUCAUUUAGUCAUAAACAGAACAGUUACAUAGAAAGAGAACCACAAGUGAAAAGGACAAAGAGUACGAACAGUGCGCAGACUGACCAGUCACAAUUUUUGAGGUUCAAUAAAAUGACAAGAAUUGAAGUAUCAAAUCUAAAACAAUUUCUUCCUUUAAUAAUGGAAUCUACUAGCGACCAACAUUCCAUACUGGAAUAUAAUGAAAAAUUAAGAAAAGUGGACGCAUCAGUUAAUAAGUGCCGGGUGUUUAGUACUUUUCAUCGCCUACCCUCCACGCCAAACGCGGGUAGAAGGAAAAAAAGAUGUAGUAUAACCAAUGUGUAUGAAGAUCUCACUUGUAUAGCUAGUGGGAACGGGAUAGAUAGAUAUAAUAAUUUCCUGAAAAUAUUAAAAGACGUGCUAAACGAAGUGUAUAGCGAUGUGAGCACCAUAGCUCAGCGGUUAACGACGGCAUUUCAAAGAGAGAUGGACGAAAAGUACAUUGAAUCAACGAACAAAUUUGUUCCUGCUGAAUUUGAGGAUCUUAUUAGUGGCAGGGUCCUAUAUAAGGAGGAACAAGGUAUAUUAGCGAGACGCCUGCUUGCAAUACUGUCGAUAUUACAAGAUUUAUCGAAAGAUAAUGAAAUAAAUGAAUUUAUGGAUAUGUUUUGUCAAAUAUGCGCUCUUCUGGAUACAACGUCAUCGGGAUUACUAUACAGCGGGUUCUUAAUAUCCCUUAUACAUUUGCUAAUAACUCUUUUACCAUUAUACAUAUCUCAAAUUAGAGUUAUUAUACGUAACAUUAUAAUAUCUAGACCUCGACCGAUGGUAUCCUGUUCGGCUCUACCGCUAUUGGUAAAACUUUGUAGGGAAGAGACAAAUUCGAAAGAAAAAGGAAAAAGUUUAUUAUGUGACGGUAGUUCGGGAAAUUUGAGGGUAGAUUUCGAUCAAGGUGUACUUUUGUAUAGGAAAGAUUCGUGCCUUCUCCAAGUUCUACUUAAGCAAGUUGAGACGGCACUCAAAUGUAUGGAGACAGAUCGUUUGGUGGUUCAAGCUUUGGCAGUCGCACGAAACUUGCUACUGUUACAUUCGAGUUUGACAAUUGCAGAUAAUACUAGAUGCGAGUGCAGACUCGUCCUAUUGCAAGUAAUCGUAUAUGCUCUGUGGAUAUGCGCACACGCCAUCAAGGAUGUAGCCAGCACACUAACACAGGGUGUUCUAGCAACGUGUCGAAGUGGUCUGGAAUUGAUUUACCUCUGCGUGACGAGGGACGUGGAGUUCGUAUCCCAGUUGGAUUAUCACGAAGGACAUUUGAUACAGCUAUGUGAGAUUAUUAGACAAUAUGAACAUAGCGAGAUUUUUGGUUCUAUGCUAACAGAGAUAUCUACAACAUUCCAAGCAUCACCCGAAGAUGAGACCCCAGCAUUCACCAAACAGCCCUGGAUAAAUAGUUUCCAGACUUUCUCCAUCACAGAUUAG